GAUGAAGCAGGAAUCCCAGGUAUACUAGUUGGAGUUUCUGUAGAUGGAAAGGAAGUGUGGUCAGAAGGUUUGGGUUAUGCUGAUGUAGAGAAUCGUGUACUAUGUAAGCCAGAGACCAUCAUGCGAAUUGCUAGUAUUAGCAAGUGUCUUACGAUGAUGGCUGUUGCUAAAUUGUGGGAAGAGGGAAAACUGGAUUUAGAUGCUCCAGUGCAGAAAUAUGUCCCUGAAUUUCCAGAAAAAGUCUACGAGGGUGAAAAGGUUGCUAUUACUACAAGGCUGUUAGUUUCACACUUGAGUGGCAUUCGUCACUAUGAAAAAGAUAUUACAAAAGUAAAGGAAGAAAAGGAAAAGGCAAACAGAGCUCUUAAACCAAUGACAACCUAUCAGGAUAAAAAACAAAAAGAAGAAAAAGAGAUUGAAAAGACUGAUUCUGUCAAACCGAGGAAAGAACAGGAAGGUGAAGGAAAAAGCCGGAGUUCAAAACCUGGCAGGAGAGACAAGGAAUUUGAGCAAGAAGAGUAUUAUUUGAAGGAAAAAUUUGAAAGUGUGAUCGAAUCACUGAAGAUAUUUAAAAAUGAUCCUUUAUUCUUUAAACCAGGUAGCCAGUUCUUGUAUUCAACGUAUGGCUUUACUCUCUUAAGCGCUGUUGUGGAGAGAGUUUCAGGACAAAAAUUUACAGAUUAUAUGCUAAAAAUGUUUCGUGAUUUGGAUAUGCUAUCAACUGUACUAGAUGACAAUGAAGCAAUGAUAUAUAACAGAGCAAGGUGUUACGUUUACAACAAAAAGGGACGGCUGGUAAACGCACCAUAUGUAGACAACUCUUACAAAUGGGCUGGUGGUGGCUUUCUGUCGUCAGUGGGUGACCUUCUGAAAUUUGGAAAUGCCUUGUUAUACAGUUAUCAAGCCGGACAAUUUAAAAACAGUAACGACAAACUUCUUCCUGGGUACCUCAAACCAGACACAGUUGCAAUGAUGUGGACCCCAGUGCCAAAAACGGAAGUAUCAUGGGACAGGGAUGGUAAAUAUGCAAUGGCUUGGGCUGUUGUAGAGAAAAACCAACAAUGUGGGUGCUGCAGACAGCAGAGACACUAUGCAUCUCACACGGGUGGUGCAGUGGGAGCAAGCAGCGUCCUCCUAAUUCUUCCUGAAGAGCUGGACUCUGAAGCUAUCGAUAGUGGGGUAGUGGCACCACCCAGAGGAGUAAUUGUUAGUAUUAUCUGUAAUAUGCAGUCAGUUUCACUCAACAGCACUGCCUUAAAGAUUGCAAGGGAAUUUGAUAAAGAAAAACGGGCACAAUAUAUAGAUUAACAAAAGAGAUACGUGUCACUGAAC